AUGUGUAAAAGAAAGUUGCCCAUUUUAUGGAUUCUUGGAGGUAUUGCUUGUGUGACCAUGAUGAUUGUACUUUUGCGACACGUGUUUAAGGUCAGCACAUACGAUAUUAUUUUUCUUACUCCAGUUGUUAUUGUCAUUGGCUUUGCCUCUAUAAUAAAACUGAUGUGGUUUGUCGAGUAUAUACAUUUUGCUCUGCUCUCUAUUAUUGUCAUACCAAUAUGCUGUGCAUUCGUGUUUGUAUUGAAGAUAAACAAUCUACUGAAGGAUUGGAGGUCUUUCGAAAUAUAUUUCAAAAUCGGACAUAUUUUGCAUUUGACGUUUUUAUUAGGUAAGCAAUUAUGUUGUGGUAAUCAAAUAUCUAAUGUUAUUAGUAUUUUCAUGCUUUUGGCUUCUGUUUAUUUUGACCUAUUUAAAUGA